AUGAAGGCGGUUUGGCGCGAUGCUUCCAUUUUCAUGACGCUAGGACUCGAAACUCGACAGAGCGAGCUCCAAAAGCUCAAGCACGCGGAGGAUCGCCAAGGCGGCAAGCAGACAGUGCCCGAAUCGUCCAGGAAAGUCCAGGAAAGGAAAGAGCCGAGCCAGCUGCACAUGUCGGCGUUGUUGAUUCCCCGGACGCAGAAGCAGGUCGAUGUUCGAAGGGAUGAGCGCGUCGAGGUUGCUUCCGAGGCCCAACCUGAGUCUGUUCACGAAUCCCAUCCGAAGCUCGAGCUCGAGUGUGAGCCGAAGUUCGAGUGUGGACCCCAAAAACGAAACUUCAUAGCCGGAGAGCCGGGGUGGUUCGCUGGCGUAAUGAUGCGUAGAGGACCGACUGCUGGGUCCCUCACAUCGGUCGUGACAAUUGAUUUAUCUGCCGAUGGAAAGGACGUGUCCAUGUGA